GGCGCCGCACGGGGGCGGGGCGCCGCCCUGGGGUGCGCUUCGGCCCUGACUGGAAACUGAGUGGACUCGGCUGGGAGAUUCCGCCGAGCUGAGGCUGUGGGGCAGGCAGGCCGGCCGGAGCAUGGCGGACCAGAUUCCCCUGUACCCCGUGCGCAGCGCGGCGGCCGCCGCAGCCAGCCACAGACGUGCGGCCUACUACAGCUCCGCCGGGCCCGGGCCCGGUGCCGACCGGCGCGGCAGGUACCAGCUGGAGGAUGAGUCUGCCCAUUUGGAUGAAAUGCCACUGAUGAUGUCUGAAGAAGGCUUUGAGAAUGAUGAAAGUGAUUACCACACAUUACCUCGAGCUAGGAUAACACGGAGAAGGAGAGGACUGGAGUGGUUUGUCUGUGGAGGAUGGAAGUUCCUCUGUACCAGUUGCUGUGAUUGGCUAAUAAAUGUUUGUCAAAGGAAGAAAGAGCUAAAAGCUCGAACAGUAUGGCUUGGAUGUCCAGAGAAGUGUGAAGAGAAACAUCCUAGGAAUUCUAUCAAAAAUCAGAAAUACAAUGUAUUUACCUUUAUACCUGGGGUUUUGUAUGAACAAUUCAAGUUUUUCUUGAAUCUCUAUUUUCUGGUAGUGUCCUGCUCACAGUUUGUACCAGCAUUGAAAAUUGGCUACCUCUACACCUACUGGGCUCCUCUGGGAUUUGUGUUGGCUGUUACGAUUGCACGUGAAGCGAUUGAUGAAUUUCGACGUUUUCAGCGAGACAAGGAAAUGAAUUCACAAUUAUAUAGCAAGCUUACAGUAAGAGGUAAAGUUCAAGUUAAGAGUUCAGACAUACAAGUUGGAGACCUCAUCAUAGUGGAAAAGGCCUUUCUGUCUUGUGGUCAGCACCCACUGAUGUAUAUGCUGCAGGCUUCAGCUUCCUUCCAGAACCAAAGAAUUCCAUCAGAUAUGGUAUUUCUUAGAACUUCAGAGAAAGCAGGUUCAUGUUUUAUCCGCACGGACCAGCUAGAUGGUGAGACUGACUGGAAGCUGAAGGUGGCGGUGAGCUGCACACAACGGCUGCCAGCCCUCGGGGACCUUUUUUCUAUCAGUGCCUAUGUUUAUGCUCAGAAGCCACAACUGGAUAUUCAUAGCUUUGAAGGAACAUUUACCAGGGAAGACAGUGAUCCUCCCAUUCAUGAGAGUCUCAGCAUAGAGAACACACUGUGGGCAAGCACUGUUGUUGCAUCAGGUACUGUAAUAGGUGUUGUCAUUUAUACUGGAAAAGAGACUCGAAGUGUAAUGAACACAUCCAAUCCCAAAAAUAAGGUUGGUUUAUUGGACCUCGAACUCAAUCAGCUGACAAAGGCGCUAUUUCUGGCUUUAGUUGUUCUUUCUGUUGUUAUGGUAACCUUACAGGGAUUUGCAGGCCCAUGGUACCGUAAUCUUUUUCGGUUCCUCCUUCUCUUUUCCUACAUCAUUCCCAUAAGUCUGCGAGUAAACUUGGAUAUGGGCAAAGCAGCAUAUGGAUGGAUGAUUAUGAAAGAUGAGAAUAUCCCUGGUACAGUUGUUCGGACCAGCACAAUACCAGAAGAACUUGGACGCCUGGUGUACUUACUGACAGACAAAACAGGAACGCUCACUCAGAAUGAAAUGGUAUUUAAGCGGCUCCAUCUGGGUACUGUCUCCUACGGAACAGACACUAUGGACGAAAUCCAAAGUCACGUCCUGAAUUCCUACCUGCAGGUACACUCACAACCAAGUGGGCACAACCCAAGUUCUGCUCCACUGAGAAGAAGCCAGUCCUCAACGCCUAAAGUCAAGAAGAGCGUCAGCAGUAGAAUCCAUGAAGCAGUGAAAGCCAUUGCCCUUUGUCAUAAUGUCACUCCUGUGUAUGAGGCUCGGGCUGGCAUCACUGGAGAGACUGAGUUUGCUGAAGCAGACCAAGACUUUAGUGAUGAGAACCGCACCUACCAGGCCUCCAGCCCCGAUGAGGUGGCAUUGGUGCGAUGGACAGAGAGUGUUGGGCUCACUCUGGUCAGCAGGGAUCUUGCUUCCAUGCAGCUGAAGACCCCCAGUGGCCAGGUCUUGACCUACUGCAUCCUACAGAUGUUCCCCUUCACCUCUGAGAGCAAGCGGAUGGGCAUCAUAGUCAGAGAUGAAUCCACAGCAGAAAUUACAUUCUAUAUGAAAGGUGCUGAUGUCGCAAUGUCCACCAUUGUCCAGUACAAUGAUUGGCUAGAAGAGGAGUGUGGAAACAUGGCACGAGAGGGCCUGCGAACCCUUGUGGUAGCCAAGAGGACUCUGACAGAAGAGCAAUACCAGGAUUUUGAGAGCCGAUACAGUCAAGCCAAACUGAGCAUCCAUGACCGGGCUCUGAAAGUCGCUGCUGUUGUAGAAAGCCUGGAGAGAGAGAUGGAGCUGUUGUGCCUCACUGGGGUGGAGGACCAGCUGCAAGCUGAUGUGAGGCCCACACUAGAGAUGCUGCGCAAUGCAGGGAUCAAGAUUUGGAUGCUAACAGGCGAUAAACUGGAAACAGCUACUUGCAUUGCCAAAAGCUCACACUUGGUGUCCAGAACACAAGACAUUCAUGUUUUCAGACCAGUAACCAAUCGGGGAGAAGCCCAUUUGGAGCUAAAUGCGUUUAGAAGGAAGCAUGACUGUGCACUGGUUAUAUCUGGUGAUUCUCUGGAGGUCUGCCUGAGGUACUAUGAGCAUGAACUUGUGGAGCUGGCCUGCCAGUGCCCUGCUGUGGUCUGCUGCCGCUGCUCACCCACCCAGAAGGCCCACAUCGUGACCCUGUUACGCCAGCAUACCAGAAAGCGCACCUGUGCCAUUGGCGAUGGAGGGAAUGACGUGAGCAUGAUCCAGGCUGCUGACUGUGGGAUUGGGAUUGAAGGGAAGGAGGGGAAACAGGCUUCUCUGGCAGCAGACUUCUCCAUCACACAGUUCAGACACAUCGGCAGGCUACUCAUGGUGCACGGACGGAACAGCUACAAACGGUCUGCAGCCCUUGGCCAGUUUGUCAUGCACAGGGGCCUCAUCAUCUCCACCAUGCAGGCUGUGUUUUCUUCAGUCUUCUACUUUGCAUCUGUACCGCUGUACCAGGGAUUCCUUAUGGUAGGGUAUGCAACUAUCUACACCAUGUUCCCAGUGUUCUCCUUAGUGUUGGACCAAGAUGUAAAGCCAGAGAUGGCGAUUCUCUACCCAGAGCUGUACAAGGACCUCACCAAGGGAAGAUCCCUUUCCUUCAAGACCUUCCUCAUCUGGGUUUUGAUCAGUAUUUACCAAGGAGGCAUUCUCAUGUACGGGGCACUGCUGCUCUUCGAGGACGAGUUUGUCCAUGUUGUGGCCAUCUCCUUCACAGCGCUGAUCCUGACCGAGCUGCUCAUGGUGGCCCUGACUAUCAGGACGUGGCACUGGCUGAUGGUUGUGGCAGAGUUCCUCAGCCUGGGCUGCUAUGUCGCCUCACUUGCUUUUCUAAAUGAGUAUUUUGGUAUAGGCAGAGUGUCUUUUGGCGCUUUCUUAGAUGUUGCCUUCAUCACAACCGUGACCUUCUUGUGGAAAGUGUCAGCCAUCACUGUGGUCAGCUGCCUCCCACUCUACGUGCUCAAGUACUUGAAGAGAAAGCUGUCCCCUCCCAGCUACUCCAAGCUGUCCUCCUGAGUGGGGCAUGAGGCCAUGAGGCCAGGUAGAGACUCAUGCGCUGGGCAGCAUGAGGGACUGGCACUGCUGGUGGGCUGAGGGCUGAGCUCACCCAGCAUUGCACUGCGUGAACAGCUACUGAGAGGAAGUGACAGCCUCAGCACAGCUGGGCAGGCUUCCCUCCUGAGCACCAGAAGUGUAAUUUCUGUGGUGGUGUACUGCAGAAAGCCAUUCCUGAUCAGACUGCAGGGGUCGUGCCUGCACAUGCCAUUGCACCUCAGGAGACAGUGGGUAACUCGUCCUCUUCAGAUGCAGUUUUGCUUUUCAGCGGACACCACACAAACAAGCCCAGGUGGCCAAGCGGUGACACUGCUGUCCUAAUUCCGUUGCAGCUAUGAAUGUAAACCAUUCCUCAAGGCACUGCUGUUAGCUGAUGCAUUUUAUAUCUGUAAAACCAUACUCAGAACUGUUUACGUAGAACUCAGCUGUCCUGUGCUGCCACAGCACCAACCACAAUGCUUUGCUUCCUGAGUAGGAGUCCUCAUCCGUGUGCUUAUACCCGGCACUCGUCUGAGCCUGUGAUGGCAGAGCCUCUGUCGAAGGCUGCACUGAGGGCUCAUGGGAGCUCUUUAGAGGAAUUCUGGCCUUAGAGUUAGCCCCAGGAGUUAUGCGUGCAGCUCUGCACUGUACAGUGUGUGCCUGUCACACAGUGAACCUCUUGGCCUUGGCUCUUCACGCUCGGGAGCAGGCCGUGGGAGUCUCCUUUGCACUAGUACUUUGUAUAUGCCUGUGCUCUUCAGCUUGACCUCCCCUCAGACGUGGGCACUGAGACCCUGACAUCCUUGGGGAAGGAAGCACAAGCUGUGAGAGGAGCCCUGGGGAGAGCCUUAACAGGCCGUGAGUGUGUGCAGGCCCUCCACCUCGCUCCUCCCUGUGAGCAAAUAAAGCUGCUCAGCUGUCCAUCCUA